AUGACCGGAGGUCUUGUAAAAUGCAGCAAGAUCCGCCACAUUGUGAGGCUCAGGCAAAUGCUCCGGCGGUGGCGAAACAAAGCGCGGUUAUCUUCUGCUAGCCGCUGUGUACCGUCGGAUGUUCCAUCUGGACACGUGGCAGUCUGUGUGGGUAGCGGUUGCAGGAGAUUCGUGGUGCGCGCGUCGUACCUGAACCAUCCGAUCCUGAGUAAUCUUCUUGUACAAGCUGAGGAAGAGUUCGGUUUCGUUAACCAUGGACCGUUGGUUAUACCUUGCGAAGAAUCGGUUUUCGAGGAAGCGAUCCGGUUUAUCUCCCGGUCCGAUUCGUCUCGGUCAAGCCGGUUUACUUGUCCCGAAGAUCUCCAGAAAUGCCACGGAGGAAUCAAAAGCAAGCUUGACCUGUUGAUCGAAUCUCGGCCGUUGCUUCACGCCGUCGCCGAGAAAGCCAUCUGGUGA